AUGCGUUGUUCAAUUCUUCCGUCAGCAGCAACUCGCCGUCAGCACAACUCCGCCGUCAGCACAACUCCGCCGUCAGCAGCAAUUUCGCCGUCAGCAGCAACUACGCCGUCAGCAGCAACUUUGCCGUCAGCAGCAACUUCGCCGUCAGCACAACUUUGCCGUCAUCAGCAACUUCGCCGUCAGCAGCAACUUCGCCGUCAGCACAACUUCACUGUCAGCACAACUUCGCCGUCAGCACAACUUCGCCGUCAGCACAACUUCGCCGUCAGCAGCAACUUCGCCGUCAGCAGCAACUUCGCCGUCAGCAGCAACUUCGCCGUCAGCAGCAACUUCGCCGUCAGCAGCAACUUCGCCGUCAGCAGCAACUUCACCGUCAGUAGCAACUUCACCGUCAGCAGCAACUUCGCCGUCAGCAGCAACUUCACCGUCAGCACAGCUUCGCCGUCAGCAGCAACUUCGCCGUCAGCACAACUUCGCCGUCAGCAGCAACUUCGCCGUCAGCAGCAACUUCGCCGUCAGCAGCAACUUCGCCGUCAGCAGCAACUUCACCGUCAGUAG